CUUGAACCCUCCAAAACGACAGGUAAAUAUUUCACAUAGAAACGACAUCUAAACUUUUCCUUAAUUCGCUAAACAACAGAGACUUAUUUUCCCUAUAUAAAAUAUCGAAAUCACAAUCGCGGCUACGCCGUCGUUCACCGUUACACAAUCCCUCACCGCCAAAACAGCCACCACUUCACUUGCAUGAAUUCUCUAAUCUCCAAAACCCUAAAACAACACCUCGCUCGACUCAGUCUUCUGUCACAAAACUCACUCUCCUCCACACUAACCCGAACCAUGAGCACCGAGUCAAUACGAAAACAAAUGUUCCAACUCAAACUCGACCCGCUCACUGGUAAGUCAGAAUGGAUUAUCAUUACAGAAAACGAAGAAGAAGAAACCUUUGGAAAUCCGAACAGAAAUCUCUUAGCUACGACGUCGUAUUUAGACAUGCUCAAUGACUCUGCAAGAAACAGAGCAUUUCGUGAGGCAAUCGACAAAGUUAUAACAAAACCUUGUCACGUGCUGGAUAUCGGUGCUGGAACUGGAUUGCUAUCGAUGAUGGCUGCACGUGCAAUGCGGUCCGGUGAAGAGUCAAGGGGAACAGUAACAGCAUGCGAAUCGUACCUUCCAAUGGUAAAAAUGAUGCGAAAAGUGUUGCACGUAAAUGGAAUGGGAAGGACCAUAAAUGUGUUCAAUAAGCGAUCUGACGAGCUUAAAGUCGGUGUGGAUAUUCCUUCUCGUGCUGAUGUUCUGGUUAGUGAGAUAUUAGACUCAGAGUUAUUGGGUGAAGGAUUAAUACCAUCUCUGCAACAUGCACAUGACAUGCUACUUGUGGAUAAUCCAUUAACUGUACCAUAUCGUGCAACAACUUACGGCCAGCUGGUUGAAAGUACAUUCCUCUGGAAGCUGCAUGAUUUAUAUGAUAAUGAAGCAAAAGCAUCGGACAACAUUCGUCUUGUUCCCACCGGCUUGGAUACUAUUUUACGUGUCAAAUUGCAGCAGAACCCGAUGAAUUGUGAUGCAAUCUCAAAAGAAAUAAAACUGCUGUCAGAACCCUUCAAAAUUUUUGAAUUUGACUUCUGGAAACGCCCAGAUAGCCAUGGGGAAACUGAGGUGCUCAUAAAGGCCACAAAUGAUGGUACAGUUCAUGCUGUAAUCUCAUGGUGGAUGCUUCAGCUUGAUUGUGAAGGGACAAUAUUUUAUUCCACCGCUCCUAAAUGGAUAGGUUCACCAACAAACAUAGGUACUUCUAAUUGGUGUGACCAUUGGAAACAGUGCACGUGGUUCCUUCCAGGGAAGGGCAUACAAGUAGGCAAGGGUGAGCAGUUGCUUUUGCAUGCCACACAUACUGAUACUAAUGUCUUCUAUAAUAUUGAAAUCCAAGAUACUGAGGUGAGGCAGCAUAAUUUUACUGCCGGGGAUUUUCAUCUUAUAUUACCUCCUGAAAGACUUGCAAUUUAUGGAGACAGUGAAUGGAGGUCAUCCAUGUUAACAGCGCUAAGAAAUGCUUUGCAGGAAAAAGUACAGCCACUAUGCAUUGUUGCAGAUGAUAGUCUCUUUGCAACACUAGCUCUUGCACAUCUUUCAAAAACAGCACAUGUUAUAUCAUUGUUCCCUGGGUUGCGGGAGAAGGGUUCCCAAUAUCUGCAGACAGUCGCUGAUGCAAAUGAUUUCAAAACAGAUCGUGUAAACGUAUUUCUAAAUAACAAAUGCUUGACUCUGCAAGAUACUAAUCAAAAGAAGGUUGAUCUAUUGAUUGGAGAACCAUACUAUUACGGGAAUGAUGGAAUGCUUCCUUGGCAGUACCUGCGGUUUUGGAAGACAAGGACUAUGCUGGACUCUAUCCUCUCCAAUGACAUCUUAAUAAUGCCCUGUAAAGCAAGACUGAAGGCCUGUGCCAUGUCUCUACCGGAUUUAUGGAAUAGCCGCUGCUCCUUGAGCAAGAUCGAAGGCUUUGAUCAUUCAGUUGUAAAUACCACGAUAGGGGCAUGUGGUGAUGUGUCUCCACCACAUGAGGGUCCACUUGUACCUGUUUUUCUCUGGCAAAGUGGGGAGGUUAAAGAACUUAGUGAGAGGUUCACUGUCAUGGAAUUCGAAUUCUCAAAACUAAUAAGUCCGUGUUAUGGAAAAAUUCAGGUCAAAUUUACUGAACCUGGGAUGUGCCAUGGAUUUGCUCUAUGGAUUGACUGGGUGAUGGAUGCAAAACAUUCUGUUGUGUUAUCUGCUGGGCCAGAUCACAGAUACUGGAAGCAAGGAGUGAAACUUCUGGCACAUCCAGUGCUGGUUGCAGGCCCCGAAUCAACUGGAGGUGACUGUUGUUCCGCAGUAAUAGAAGCUUCUUUUGAUGCUUCAAAUGGCGAGCUGACAAUUAACCACGCGUUCUCAUAAGAAUUGUUACUUCAAAAGGUCCUUAGAGAUCAAGGAGCUAGUUUUUGUAUUCGCAGAAUGUGUGCAAUCUCACUUGAAUGUCUUGCGUGUCUUUGUUACCAACAUGCAGUGCUUGUGCUUUGGAGGCAUAUAACGGCCUUCCUUUUCUGCCGUUUAAUCCUUUUCUACAAUUUUAUCUCAUUCCGGUAGUUGACGAAAUUUUCCCACAACCAGUUUUCAGAGUGCAACUUUAUGAUCCUUAAGAUCAAAAUGGAAAUUAGAAUUACUAAAAGUAGAUUACUAUA